AUGGCGGUGGAAGAAAAUUUGAAUUUACAUGUCGUACAAACUGUGAACUUGCUUGCGGUGGUAGACUAUACCGCUGGCCGCGUGAGCUCUGGAUGGCUGAAAAUUGGGCUCGCUGCGCGGAUUUCACAAGACCUGCAUUUGAUGAUGGAACCGACCGGUUAUUUGUCUUAUGCAGAGCAAGAGGAACGACGCCGGACCUUCUGGUCGGCCUACCUCAUAGAUAAGCUGAUAUCAUGUGGCCAAGGACGUCCAAUUGUUAUACAAGAUGACGACUGUUACGUGCAGCUACCCUGCGAUGAGACCACCUUUCAAAAUGGUACCUGGAAACAGACAAACACCUUAAGUGAGUUACUCAAUUGGAAUGCGGAGGUCAUUGAAAAUCCCAGCCCCUUUGCUCUGGUGACGCUCAUGGCAUCAAUAUUCGGACGCUGUACAAGAUACGUGCACCGAGACAAAAAGUCAGAUCAAAUUCCUCCAUGGGAUACCAAAUCAGAGUUUUCGGCGAUCAAAUCUGCUUUGCUACUCCUAGAGUCAUAUUCCAAGAUUAGCGAUCGGAAAAUAUCGGACAUCCUGCACGAGACUCACCCAGACGAGAAAGGGCAGCUGAUAUUUGCCCAUACCCUUUUUCACCUUUGUCAUUGUCUCUUGAAUCAUCCAUUUCUUGUUCGCCUGCGCUUGAAGCCAUUUGCCAAGGCCCCGAGUAGUUUCUCGGCACAGGCACUCCAAGAUGGGGCAGACCAUGCCAGACAACUGCUCGAUCUCCUACGCGAAGCCACCGAAACUGGAUGCCGAAUAGAAUCCUCCUUUUAUGCAUACUGUAUUGCAGUUGCAGGGUCAAUCAACUCCCUGGCAUCUCAUUUCGAACACCAGAGUGUCGCCCGGCGCCAGUCUGAUAUUCUUUACUAUUUCCAGCAGAGCCUCGAUUUUCUGAACUCACUGGGCAAGUUCUGGACACAUUCCGCAAACAUGGCCGUCCGCCUCAGUGACUUUCACAGCAUUGCCGAUCAGUUUUCCGGUCUUCUUGAUCCAGCACGUCUAACAGAAGAUCUUGAUCCAUAUCAUGAAGAAAUACUGUGGUCCAUGAUAGACUACGGGAUUCUGGGCUCAGAUCCAUACAAAAGACCCCUGAUAUCAAGACCCAACACCUCAAAUAUUCCCUCGCCAGAUCCAUGGGCCCUUCAGUCGAGCUUCAAUAUGAGCGCACCAUCACGAUCAGCCCCCGAUAACACGGGUAUCUUUGAUGGAUUUUCGCCUACAAUGCGACUUAAUGAGGUUGAGCAUCUUUUAAACUGUAAUCCUGGGACCAAUGGAUUGAGGCUACAAAAUAAAAUAAAAAUGACGACAAAGAAUAAUCUUUCGCCUUGGAACAGCGUACUUUCCGGGACCGGCGCCGCCAUCCUUGCGAAUGUUCUGGUCUAUCCACUUGAUAUUGUUAAGACACGGUUACAGAUUCAAGUCCAAAGGCGGGACAAAGACGGAACGAGCGACCGUGGCUCAGAAACUGGCCCUCAGUACAAUAAUGCGGUGGACGCAGUCUUCAAGAUCAUCCAGGAAGAUGGUUUCCCAGGAUUGUACAGUGGACUGGCGGCUGCGAGAGUCCUACAUGGAGCGAUGCUUAAAGCCCGUGGUCGUACAGAUGCAAACAGCAUUGUGAAAGAGCUGGGCCUCGGUGCUGCAGGCGGCGCUAUGGCCCAACUCUGCACGACUCCUAUAUCGGUUGUUUCAACGCGACAGCAGCUGGGCACAAAGGUCACGGGCAAAGAGUCAAUCUGGAGAUCCACGAAAGCGAUACUGGACAGUGAUGAUGGAUGGACUGGGCUAUGGACUGGGCUGAAGGUAAACCUGAUUUUGGUUAUCAACCCUAUGAUCACGUACGGUGUUUAUCAAUGGCUGCGGAACAUUUUGGUCAAUGUGAGAAAGGACCUUGGCUCUUUCGAUGCAUUCAUGCUUGGCGCUCUAUCCAAGAUAUUGGAUCUCGGGGGGGCCAAGCCUUUCAAGGGGUUCACAGAAGUCCUCAUAUUCAUCCUCCGAAACGAAGGUUUCUUACGUCUCUACAAGGGUCUUCUCCCGCAAAUUACCAAGGGAUUUUUGGUGCAGGGAUUGAUGAUGCUAUUCAAAGAAAGAAUGGAAACGCUUCUCGUGCUGGCCAUCAAAACUAAUAGCAUGCGGCUUGGCAUGAAACGAGCUAGAAGUUGA